GUGAAGAGCGUGCUGGUGUACCGCAACGGCGACCCGUUCUUCCCGGGCCGACGGAUUGUCGUCAACGAGAAGAAGGUGUCCAACUUCGAGGUGUUCCUGAAAGAGGUGACGGGCAGGGUGAAGGCGCCCUUCGGAGCCGUGCGGAACAUCUACACACCGCGGGGCGGGCAUCGCGUCCGGCAGCUGCAGGUGAGCGGAGAGCAGUACGUGGCUGGUGGCAGGGAAGCCUUCAAGAAACUCAACUAUUUGGACAUUGGAGAAACAAAGAAAAAACCUUCUGAAGUCAAUAACGAGGUCAAGCCAGUUACACACAGUAGAAUCACCGUGUCAGCACGGUUUCGGAAACCGCUGCAGGAGCCCUACACUAUUUUUCUGAUUGCCAACGGAGAUCUUACUAGCCCUCUAGUGCGCCUCCUCAUUCCCAGGAAAACACUGAAUCACUGGGAUCAUAUUCUCGAAAUGGUUACAGGAAAAGUUAGCCUCAGAAGUGGAGCUGUUCACAGACUUUACACUUUAGGUGGAAAACUGAUUCAGAAUGGAUCAGACUUGGAGAAUGGGCAAAUAUAUGUUGCAGUGGGUAGAGAAAAGUUUAAGAAGUUGCCGUAUGGUGAUCUGCUGUUUAGCAAAUCUACGAUGAGAAGGCCCCAGGGUUCCAAAGCCUCUGCGCUGCCUCCCAUCGUGGGAUUGCGGAAAUCUAAAGGCAGCGGAAAUGAUCGGCAAUCUAAAUCUACUGUUGGAUCCAGUGACCCAGGAGAAAACAGUUCCUCACCUCAGCUUCCCAAAGGGAAAGACAAAAAAGGCCAGAAUCCAGAGGACUGUGUGUCCAGGCAACAUUCUUCUAACAACUCUACAAGAGUAAAACAGACAGUAAGAGUAACGGCUUCUGCAGGAGUCCUUCAAGAUGAUGGUCAGUACCAAGAUAAAGACCACCGUAGAAUUGUGGCUUUUGCUCUUCCGUUGAAACUGUGA